CGCCCACUCGAGGCGGAGGGCAGGAGGGAUGGCGUGCGGCCAGCAUCCCUCCUCCGGGACCGCGGGGUCACCGUAGCCCCCGGGGACAGCGGCGAGGACCCGGCGGGGGUUCCCCCCUCCAUCUCCGGCGCAUCCCCCCGCGCCUCCCCACUCGCGGGUUUCCAAACUUUCCGUGGCCGCCGUGAUUGGCGCGGCGGAGGCCACCUCCAUGCAAAUGAAGCCCCGCCGCCCGCCGGCCGCAGAUCAAUAGGGACGCGGGGGAAGGAGCAUGCAUUCCGCCUGGGUCGGCACGGGGAGAGCCGGCCGCCGCACGCCCCAAGCGCCCCCCGAAACACCCCCCACCCACAGCUCCCCGCAGGCUGCCGGGGCACCCCCCUCCCGACCCCUCUAAAGCGACAGCUUCCCUCCUCUGCUUUCUUAUGAACCCAGGAUGAGCAGCAAAGAAGAGCCCAGCAAGUGCUGUCCGGCGGCUGCUCCCAUCUCCAGUUUCACCAUCCAGUCCAUCCUGGGCAGCGGCAGCGCUGAGCCCCCCCGGGAAACCGGAGACAGAGCACCCGCCUGGCCCGCCCGCCCCCGGACCCUCUCCCUGUCCUCGGAGGAUGAGGAGCAGGACGAGAGCUGGAAACACCGUGGCUGCUUCUGCCCCGAGGCUCAGGGCCCCGCCGAGGCGUGCCACAAGCACCAACCCCUCAGCUUCACCUGUCUCGGCAGCGCCAAGGGGAGCGGAGCGGCGGCGGCGGGCAGCGGGGAACGGGGACCCUUCCUCCCGCCCCCCCAGCAGGACUGUAAGGACGAGAAGGAGAAGCCACUGGGACCCUCCUCACCUUCCUGCGGGGACCGGCAGCGCGACGGAGGGGACCGGCAGGCCGGCAGCGCCAAGAAGAAGACGCGCACGGUGUUCAGCCGCUCGCAGGUCUAUCAGCUGGAAUCCACCUUCGACAUGAAGCGCUACCUGAGCAGCUCGGAGCGGGCCUGCCUGGCCUCCAGCCUGCAGCUCACCGAGACCCAGGUGAAGACCUGGUUCCAGAACCGCAGGAACAAGUGGAAACGGCAACUCUCGGCCGAGCUGGAGGCGGCCAACAUGGCCCACGCCUCGGCGCAGACUCUAGUGGGGAUGCCGCUGGUGUUCAGAGACAAUUCCCUCCUCCGAGUGCCGGUGCCCCGGUCCAUCGCCUUCCCCGCUCCUCUCUACUACCCCGGCAGCAACAUCUCGGCCUUACCGCUCUACAACCUCUACAACAAAAUCGACUACUGAGCCCCGCGCCCCCCGACCCCGCACCGGGACCGCCGGGGGGGCUCCGUGCGGGCUCCCCAUGGAGGGGACACAGCACCGAAACUGAUGGGAGGGACGGGCAAACAGACAGCCCGGGGCACCGGGGACACGCCCGUUCUCCCCUCCUGCCAUCCUGUCACUUGAAAAGAAAAAAAAAAAUUAAUUAAAAAAAGCGUUAUUUCAGAUCUGUAAAUAUUUUUAAAGAAAGUAAGAAAGAAAAAAAAAAAAAUUAAAGCGUUUUAAGCCUCGUUUGUAAAUUUGCCACCUCGGUCGCGUGUCCCCGAGGGGAACCCCGGCACCGGGGGUGCCCCGCAGCCGGGCCGGGAAGGGAUCGAUGCACGGGAGAGCCAAAACGACUUGUAACGCCGAGGGUUUAUUUUUCCGGAAUUUUUAUCCUUAUCUCGUUUCCCGCAGGUAAUCCCAGCCGAGCCUGACGGGAGCUCGCUGCCCUUCUCUCGGCUGGGAGAUGAAGGGCAUUUCCCGAAAAGUUUCGUAAACGGGGACCUUUUUUCUGUUUUUUUUCGGAGUGUUUCGGUGAUGGGCUCGGUGCUACCGGGGACUGCUCCCUGCUCUCCGCUGCCCGGGUCCGCACUGGGCAUCCUCGACGGCUCCCCGCGGGACACGGCCUCGAUGGGCCACUCAAAACCAGUAAAUCCCGCGGCAAGUGGCGAUUAAACUGCGGCCACCGGCUCCGAGGUACGGCCGGUACCGAGCGCCGGGGGUGUAACAGCGACAGCAACGAGGACAGCGAAAAAAAAAACCCGAAAAACAGAGAAAUAAAAUACCCGAAGGGAAAAAUAAUGCGUUUUUCAAUGCGGGGAAGGAGAACGCUCUCCCCGCGCUCCACAGCCGGUGUUUGAACCACACCCCGGGG